CUCCGGCGGUGGUGUCAGUCUCGGCCGCCGGGGGGUGGGCGGAGGCUGCCUUCGGCCACCCGUCGCCUCCGGGCCACGCGCCCCGGAGUGGGUGUUCAGGGUCCACCCCCAGAGCGGGCGGCAGCCGCGCCCCCUGCAGCGAGGGUCCGUUCGGCCCGGAGCCGGCGACCGCGCUCCUCACCCGCCCGGCGUAGCACCGCCUCUGGCCCGGGUGCAGGGGCCCGGCGCGCAGGCGGGGGGCGCUGUGGCCUCGGCGCGGGGACAGAGCGGCCGGGCCGGACCCGCCUCUUUCCCCUCCCCUCCCGCCCCCCACGCGUCGUGUCGCCGGGAAGCCGGGAGGAGACAGAGCGCUCGGGCUCCACGGCGCUCGGCCGGCCCGCAGUCCUCUGACCGCGCGGAGCGGAGCCAGGUGGCGCCGCCCGAGCCCAGAGCCGCGACCCACCCCGGCCGCCUUUGUCUGGGAGCGUGUGGCCUGGAACCGCCGCUCUCGGGGGCCGGGCACGCGCCCACCGCGGUCGGUGACAGCUCGUCCCUCUCGGAGGGCUCCGGGACCGAGGGGCGGGCGGGCCGGGCCCUGCUCGCUCGCGCCUGCACGCCCGAGCGCGCGCACCGAUGCCCCCGCAGCAGGGGGACCCCGCAUUCCCGGGCCGUUGCGAGGCGCCGCCCGUUCCGCCGCGCCGGGAGCGCGGGGCGCGCGGGGGGCGCGGGGGGCGCGGGCCCGGGGCGCCGGGGGGCCGGGGGCGCGCGGGCGGUGCCGAGGGGCGCGGCGUCAAGUGCGUGCUCGUCGGCGACGGCGCCGUGGGCAAGACGAGCCUGGUGGUGAGCUACACCACCAACGGCUACCCCACCGAGUACAUCCCCACCGCCUUCGACAACUUCUCGGCGGUGGUUUCUGUGGACGGACGGCCUGUGAGACUCCAGCUCUGUGACACUGCCGGGCAGGUUAGUGUAUCCUCGCUGCUCAGUGGUGGGAAGGGAACCAGCCUUUGAAAAGCCUCAGAAUACCCUCCUUGCAUAAACGGGGUCAUUCUAAAGCUUCAGGAAGUAGACCCACCCCUGAGAGGGUGACGGGGAGGGGGAUAAAGCCCUGAGCUAGUAAAACCGGGUUUGGCCCAGCUUUGCGUGGGCAGGACGGGGACAGCAGGGUGAAGAACAGUUCUCUUCUCACAGGCGUUUCUGACCUUAUUUACUCUCUGGUUUUUAUUAAAAAUUACCACUGAUGCUCUGUGAUCAUUUCUCAAAGUUAGUUGGCGAUGUAAUCAUUUCAUUGGAAGUCAACCAGCCACAUAUUAAAGAAAUUUGCUCAAGAGACAGAUGGAGUUUUGGGGCACCGGGGUGGCUCCGUCCGUUAAGCGUCGGACUUC